CUCUGAAAGUCUGGGAGUGCCCCGCCCUCGGAUAACCACAUUCUCGAUAUCACCACAAAAGAUCGCUCGAACCAGUUCCAAUGUCCACAGAAGCCGAGGGCUCGGUCCCUGCGCCGCAGACCACAGAGAAUAACGAUGUUAAGACGGAGAAGAAGGAGCAGGCCCAGCCUCAGAAGCCCAAAGAGCAGCAACAAGCAGCGCUCGUUGGCGAGAAGAAGUUAUCGGGCGCUGAAUUAAAGAAGAAGGCCAAGGAGGAAAAGGCUGCCAGAAGAGCACAAGCCAAGGCUUCGCAGGCUUCACAGGGCCCAUCGCAAGGCGGUCAACAGGCGUCCGGUGAUGGGAAGGGAGGCAAAGCAAAGCCUAAGCAGGACGGACAGCAUCAGCACCAGCAACAUGGCGGCGCAAAACUCCCUAUUCGACCAGCGGCAGCGACGGCUGUGGUUAAGGACGACAAGCCUUCGAUACCAGACUGCUUUAGCCACCUCUCUAUGGCUAGGCGGAUAGAAAUGACAAAUGCCGACAAGGACGUCCAUCCUGCUGUCUUGGUUCUCGGCGAGCACAUGAGCGCAUUCGCUAUCAGUGAUAGUGUCACACGACUCGAGGCGACGCUGUAUGCUUUCCAGAAGGUCAUCGACUCUUACACAACUCCUCCCGGCUUCACUUUCUCCCGCCAUUUCACACCUCACGUUCUCAACCCCCAGAUCGAGUACCUCACAGCAUGCCGCCCCAUGUGCUUCUCAAUGGGCAACGCCAUCCGGUGGCUGAAGCUCCAGAUCAGUAAAGUGGAUGUCGAUCUUCACGACAACGACGUGAAGAAGCUCCUCAAGGAGUCCAUUGACAACUACAUUCGUGAGCGUAUCACUCUCGCAGACUACGUGAUUGUCGAGACUGCUGCCAACAUGAUUGGGCAUGGCGAUGUUGUACUCACCUACGCUCAUCACCACCUCGUUGAGCGCACUCUUCUCCAGGCUCGCAAGAACAAAACUGACUUCCGCGUGAUUCUUGUCGAUGAUCCUUAUGAGCGCGUCGGCAUCGAUCUCGCCAAAAGGCUCUCCGCCGCUGGUAUCCAAGUCACCUAUGCUUCCGAUCUUGGUGCUCUGCGAACACACCUCUACGAGGCAACUAAAGCUUUCCUCGCAGCCGAAGCCAUCUUCAGCAACGGUGCCAUGUACGCCCGCGCCGGCUCAUGCGAUAUCGCCACGGCAGCGACUGAUCUGAACGUCCGCGUUGUGGCACUCUGCGAGACGGUCAAUUUCACAGAGCGUGUAUCCAUCGACUCUCUCACUUACAACGAAAUCGACCCUGAGCGAUCCACCGAUGUUGGCUUCCGCUUACUGUUUGACACUACACGCGAUAAGUAUAUUUCAGUGGUUGUGACGGAGCUGGGCAAUUCCUCUGCCACGUCUGUGCCUGCGAUUCUAAGAAAAUUAGAGGAGUUGUAAUCAGACUUGGAUUGGGUUAAAGGAACGUGGAAAAGACUAUCAGGGAUGAUAGAUGACGCGGCGUCUUGAAUUGUCAUUCUUGUUAAAUCGGUCUUGGCUGGUGCUGGAAUUAGAAGCAGCUCUAUGAGGCAAUGACAAUAAGUUUUUAAUUUA